CUUAUCUACCAAGGAAGCCUUGAAUUUUAUUGGUCAGUUUGCAGAAGAAACCAAAAUUGGAUGUUAUAUGGUCCCUAAAUCGUUUCUAUUUCAAUCGAGAUUUUAGUUUUAGAGAAGAAUUAUCGGAGAUUCGAUUCGACAUGGCAAAGGGAGAAUCAAAACCUUUGAAAUCUGUUGUGGUGGUGUUAGGAGCCCUAGCUUUUGGUUGGGCGGCGAUUGAGUUGGCUUUUAAACCUUGGCUCGACAAGGCUCGAGCCUCCAUGGACAAGUCCGACCCUACUCGUGAUCCUGACGACAUCGAUCUCGACGCCGGCGCUAAGGCGUCGUCGGAUGAAAUCGACCCUGCAGCUGCCUCCUCCUCCUCCUCAGCGGCCCCCUCUGAUUGAUUAAUCCUGCCAUCCAAAACUACCAAUAAGUUGCUUAUUCCCCUCUACAUAUUCCUACGAGUUAGAUCUGAUAUUGUUUUUUAUUGCUUCAAAUUUCUGGAUUGGUAUAGAUUUGAAUCUGUGUUCUCUUAAUUUGUUGAAUCAAACUUAUAGUUUUGAAA